AUGGUCAGCUCCUGCUGUGGUUCCACAUGUUCAGGCCAGAGCUGUGGCUCUGCCUGUUGUGCUCCCUGCUGCUGCCGCACUGCCUGCUGUUUCCGGCCUCCCUGCUACCAGAGCACCUGCUGCAGGACCAACUGUUACAGGCCUACCUGCAUUGUGUCCACCUGCUGCCGCCCCAGUUGCUGUGGAUCCAGCUGUUGCCAGCCAAGCUGCUAUAGACCAAGGUGCUGCCAGUCUGUUUGCUGCCAACCAACCUGCUGCCAGCCCUGCUGCCGCCCCAGCUGCUGUGUGUCCAGCUGCUGCCAGCCCUGCUGCCGCCCCAGCUGCUGUAUUUCUAGCUGCUGCCAGCCUUGCUGCCAUCCGGCCUGCUGUGGCAACUCCUGCUGCUGA